UCAUCUUUAUUUCCUUUCCUGUCUUUGUCUUUUUUCAGGUUGUGUACACAUGAUAAGGCAAGUUUAUAUUUUCUCUUUUUAAUUCUUUUGGCUUCCUCUUUCCCUCCUUCGAUGUUUCUACUGCAUAUUAAUGAUUUUUAAAGCAUUUAUUGAUUAAUCUUUUAAUUAUUAAUCUAUAUUAAUUUUUUGCAUUACAAAAUACAAGAGAAGAUAUGAACUCUUAAUACACACCCAUUCCUAAUGUUGCAGUCAUAUCUAUAUUCAUGUAAAGAACAGUACAGUUAUUUUGCCCUUAAAGAUUUUUUUUUUCAUCUGCAUUUCUCUGAGCACAGAUGCUGUUACAAUAUUAUGAAGUAGUAUUACUUUUAAACCUUCCAACUAAACUGCACAGUCUGCACUGUGUUGAGAAACAGAACAUCAACAACUUACAUUCCAGAACUUCCUGAGAGAAAGUGAAAGUGAACGAAGCUGGAAGUUCACAUUCAAUAACAGCUUCUUCUUCACUUGCUGGAUAUUGAGAAACUCUGAGAAGAGUUUAAACACAGACAGUUCUGACUCUUCAAGAAAAGGACAGAAAGAAAAUAAAGGUGUGAAGUACAAGGAGGAAGAAAAUGGCUGAAUCUUCAUUACAGACACCAAAAGAAACAAGAAGGCAGAGCAAAGAUCAAAAAUUUACUCCUGAUUUCAGUGGUCUCCUGUCUGAAGAUCAGUUCCUGUGUUCUAUCUGUCAGAACGUCUUCACUAAUCCAGUCUCCACUCCAUGUGGACACAACUUCUGCAUGAAAUGUAUUAAAACAUGCUGGGGUGACAGUGAGCAGUGUCACUGUCCAUUCUGUAAAGAGGAAUUCACCAAGAGACCAGAACUCAAGGUCAAUACAGGAUUCAGAGAGGCUUUAGAUCACUUCAAGAAGAAAAGUGGUCUGGAUAAACCUGAGGUUCUUUGUGAUGUCUGCACUGGCGUGAAGCAGAAAGCCCUGAAAUCCUGUCUGGAUUGUGUUAUGACAUUUUGUAAAUCUCAUUUAGAGCCUCAUAAUAAUACUCCAAAACUUAAGAAACACAAACUAAUAAACCCAGUGAAAAACCCAGAGGACUACAUAUGCCAGAAGCACAGGAGAUCCCUGGAGUUGUUCUGUAGAGAUGACAAAACAUGUGUGUGUAUGGUCUGCACUGUAACUGACCAUAAGAAGCACAACACUGUUCCUGUAAAGGAGGGGAUUGGAGAAAUGAAGUCACAGCUGGAGAAGACACGGACAGAAAUGCAGCACAUGAUGCAAUACAGACUGAAGAAGAUCAAAGACUUUAAAGGCUCAGUAGAGCUCAGAAAAAGAAACACAGAGAAAGAGAUUGCAGACAGUGUUGAAGUCUUCACUGCUCUCAUGCGCUCCAUUGAGAGAAGCCAAGCUGAGCUGGUAAAGGCGAUGGAGGAGAAGCAGAAAGCAGCAGAGAGGCAGGCUGAAGACCUCAUUAAAGAGCUGGAGCAGGAAAUCACUGAGCUAAAGUGGAGAGACACUGAGCUGGAGCAGCUCUCCCACACUGAGGACCACCUCCAGCUCCUACAGAUUUACCCAUCACUGUGCAGACCUCCACACACCAAGAACUGGACUGACAUCAGUAUUGACCCUCAUCUGAGUGUAGAGCCUGUGAGAAACGCUCUCUCUGAACUUCAGACAAGUGUGGAGAAGAUGUUGAGCGAAUCAGUCUCAACAGAGGUGAAGAGGAUUCAGCAGUAUGCAGUGGACGUGACUCUGGAUGCUGAUACAGCUCAUCGCUAUCUAAUUCUGUCCAAUGAUGGAAAACAAGUGAGAGAUGAAAAGAGAAAGCAGAAGGUUCCUGACAACCCAAAGAGAUUUAAUGGAUGUACUUGUGUCUUGGGAAAGGAGGGAUUCUCCACUGGGAGAGUUUACUAUGAGGUGCAGGUCAGGGGGAAGACAGACUGGGAUUUAGGAGUGGCCAGAGAGUCCAUUAACAGGAAGGGGAAGAUUACACUGAGCCCACUGAAAGGAUUCUGGACUGUGAGGUUGAGGAAUGGGAAUGAGUAUAAGGCUUGUGCUGAUUCCCCAGUCCUCCUCUCCCUGAGAGAGAGGCUCCAGAAGGUGGGAGUGUUUGUGGAUUAUGAGGAGGGUCUGGUCUCAUUUUAUGAUGUGGAGUCCAGAUCUCAUAUCUACUCUUUCACUGGUCAGUCUUUCACUGAGAAACUCUAUCCAUUCUUCAGUCCCUGUAAAAAUGAUGGAGGUAAAAACUCAGCUCCACUGAUCAUCUCACCCGUAUCAAAGACUGAAUAAACUUUCAGUUGUAACUACAAUAGGAAAACUACAACAAAACAGAUUUAAUGUUUUCUGAUACACUAUGGGAGAAAACUGUUAUCUACUGUUUACUUACAACACACACACACACACACACACACACACACACAC